AUGUCACUAAAGUUGGCAGUAAAGAAGGAAAAAAUUCCACAUGGUACUGGCACAGACAAACAAGUACUACGUGAGCAGAUAAGAAAUAUGCUUGUCAAUGCUGGCUGGACGAUUGAUUAUAGGCCAAGAAGAAACAGAGACUAUCUAGAUGCAGUUUACAUUAACCCCAGUGGGACAGCAUAUUGGUCGAUCAUUAAGGCUUAUGAUGCGCUUCAAAAGCAGUUGGAGGAAGAAGGUGAUAAUACCAAACUUGGCUGGAAAGUAUCAGAUGACUUGCUCAAUAAAUUAACGAGACAAACCCGAAAGAAGAUGGAGAAGGAAAUGAAGAAGAAGAGAAGAGAUGAUGGUCGGAGAAAGAAUGCAAAGGAAGCUGCUCGGAAAAAGCCUACGGAGGGCAUGGACAGCGAUCAGCAUGAAGAGACACUUAGUGUUUAUAUGAAGCAGAAUGGCAAGUCAUUGAAAGGCAGAUUGCAGGAAGCAGAUCAUAUGUGUGGGGAUGAUUUGAAUGAUAAUCUUUACAAAACAACAUUCCAGCAAAACAGGGCUGAAAAACCAUCUACUUCAACUGAUUCUCAUACGAUUCAACAGAGAAAAAGCAGAAUAUUAGGCAGAUGCACUUUGUUGGUUCGCAGUUCUGACAAGGGACAAAAUCCUGAAACUGAAGGUUAUGUUCCAUAUACUGGAAAGCGAACCUUAUUGUCCUGGUUGAUUGACUCUGGAACAGCAAAAUUGAGUGAAAAAGUGCAGUAUAUGAACCGCAGACAAACAAAAGUAAUGCUGGAGGGAUGGAUCACAAGAGAUGGCAUCCACUGUGGUUGCUGUAGUAAAAUCCUUACGGUUUCGAAGUUCGAGAUUCAUGCUGGUACCAAAAAGGGUCAGCCAUACCAGAACAUAAUUUUGGAGUCCGGGACUUCCCUGUUGCAGUGUCAGAUAGAUGCAUGGAAUAGACAGGAGGAUUCCGAACGCCAAGGUUGUCACUUUGUAGAUGUUGAUGGUGAUGAUCCAGAUGACGAUACUUGUGGCAUUUGUGGUGAUGGUGGGGAUUUGAUCUGUUGUGAUGGUUGUCCAUCAACAUUUCAUCAGAGUUGUCUAGAUAUACAGAUGCUUCCCCCUGGUGAUUGGCACUGUCCAAAUUGUACAUGCAAAUUUUGUGAGACUGCUGGUGGGAGUGAGCCUGAAGAAAGUAAUAGAACUGUCGGGUCACUUCUCACAUGCGGCCUUUGUGAGAAAAAAUAUCACGAAUUUUGCUGUCAGAAGAGGGAUUCUCUACCUGCUGAUCCCAAUAACGCAUCCACUUCCUUUUGUAGCAAGAAGUGCCAAGAGCUGUUUGACCGUUUGCAGAAUCUUCUUGGGAUCAAACAGGAAUUGGAAGCAGGAUUCUCAUGGUCUCUCAUUCAUCGAACAGAUCUAGACUUUGAUGCAUCGCACCGUGCAUUUCCUCAACGUGUGGAAUGCAAUUCUAAGCUUGCUGUUGCACUGUCUGUCAUGGAUGAGUGUUUUUUGCCAAUUGUUGACAGGAGGAGUGGGAUCAAUUUGAUUCAUAGUGUUCUCUAUAAUUGUGGAUCAAACUUCAGUCGGUUGAAUUAUAGUGGCUUUUAUACAGCAAUUUUGGAGAGGGGUGACGAAAUAAUAUCUGCAGCAUCCAUCAGGAUCCAUGGGACUCAUCUAGCGGAGAUGCCAUUCAUUGGGACCCGCAAUGUAUAUAGACGCCAAGGGAUGUGCCGUCGGCUAUUGUGUGCUAUUGAAAUGGCCCUUGGGUUUCUCAAAGUUGAAAGAUUGAUUAUUCCUGCUAUUGCUGAACACAUGCAUACUUGGACUGUGGUUUUCGGUUUCCAUCCUCUCGAGGAACCAGACAAACAAGAAAUCAAGUCAAUGAACAUGUUGGUGUUUCCCGGCACAGAUAUGUUACAGAAGCGGCUAGUGAAACAAGAAGUCGCUGGAAACAUAGUUGCCAACUCAGCUACAAAGACCAUUGAAUUGAAAGAAAAUCUUCCGUUGCACGAUAUGAUGAAAAAAUCUGACAUGGAAUCCUCUGCCAGGCAUGGUUGCCACAGACGUGAUGAUGCCGGGUUGCACCAUUUAACUAAUAACAAUGACAGUAAUGUAAUGAUUAGUUCCUUAGAUGCUUCUUGUGAAUCUAAACUUCAAUUCUCUAGCAAGGAGACUAUUUCCAUCAGAUCUCAGUCAGUGAACAAGCAAUCCGAAUCCACUGCUGACUUAAAGUGCAUCUCUCCCUCCGGUACAAGUUCUGCCAUUCUUGAGAUGGAAACCCCUGGGUUAGAUCCUCUGGUUAGAGAUGAUAUUCAGUCUUCUGCAGAGGUUGUCAUGGGUGAUGCUCAUGAAGCAAAUGCCAAAGCUUCUUGUGUGGGACCUGUUGAUUCUUUAGGCGGAACUUCUGCAAGGAGCACAGCUGAGGAGGCCAAUGGAAACCAGAAUCCUCUUUCUGGUUCUACUUUCUGUACUGCUGCUGAGAGUACCAAGCAAUUUACCUUUGAUUCGGAUCAUCAGGGUGCAGUUGAAAUGGAAAGCAAGUUGCAUAAUAUUCAGUCUUCUGUGGAGGGUCCUGAGGGUGGUGCUCGUGUAGUGAAUGUGAAAGAUGCUCGUGUUGAACCUAUAACUAGAUCUUUGUUAGAAAUUUCUGGACAGAGUACUACAGAAAAAGUUAAUGAAAAGCAAAAUUCUGCUCAUAUGGAAAAUGAAUUACACGAGUCUUCAGAACUUGUUUCUGAUGUUGAAGUUGCUUCUAAUGCAAAACCUCGAAUUGAAUGUAACACCCAGUCUUCUGCUGUGAGUGAUGUGGAUGAUGGUUGCAAAGGCCACAUCAAAGAAGAUUAUAUUGAACCAGCUCUUAACCCUGUAGAAGAUAUUUCUGCACAGAAUACUACCGAAGAAAUCAAAGAAAAUGAGAAUCCUGUUUCUGCCUCUAGUUUUUGUGGUACUGAUGAAGCUACCAUGACAUCUAACUCUGAUCUGAAACAUCUUAGUCCAGUUGAAGUGGAAAUUGAAUUACCUGUAGCUUCAGAAUUCGAUGAGAAACAGAAUCCUGUUUCUGUUCCUGCUUCUCAUGCUGCUGUUGAGAGUGCCAUGCAAUUCAAUGCUGAUUUAGAUUAG